AUGCGGAAACACAAAUCCCCAAUCACUAACUGCACACCCAGCUCAGGCAAGGGAAAACACAAACCCAUGAAAAUCACCACCUCACCCGUCCCUUCUCAAGAGCAAGACUGGGUGAUAUGCUCCCCAAUCGGUACGCCGAAUCGUGGCUGGAAAGAUGAGCUGACCUGGGACCUCGACGGCGUCCGCGCCCUCCGCGAACUUCUCACACAAUGGAUUAGCUUAGGUGUCACAGCAAGCGACAUUGGAGCUUUCCUCGAAAGCGUACUCUACAAUCGAGAUGAGCACCUUAGCGGCCGCCUAACCCGAAUGGUGAAUGACCACGAAACCCACACGGAGAUCGCACUAGAUCUACUGAAGCACUACCAGAUCCGCGACGACGCUAGUCAGCCUCUUUGGGAACUGAAAGGCUCUCAGCUCGGCAACAAGUACUCUCUUUCCGGAGAGCCAAGCACACCAAAUAUACACAGACCAAGUCAACCCAGCGAGCCGAGCAGUAAAACCCGACCCAAACGCCCAAAAAUCAGAGUACCCUUUCUCUUUCGAGUUGCGUCUAAGCCUAUCUCAGAGCCCGAACCGAGUCAGCCGUCGAAGUGCGAUACCUGGUACCAAGUCCCCGCUCCCAAACCCCUCCGCACAUUCAAAAAGCCCUACUUCAUGAACGAUAUGGAACCAAGUCCAGAUAUUGAGGACGCGAGUGAAAGACCUGGUGGGAAGGCUUGCUGGUCAUUUAAUAUCAGCGAGGAUCUUACAAUGCUGACCAUCGCGGAGAGGAGAGCACUGAUGGCGAAUACGGGGGCUUUGCCUCCAUCGUUUGCGGCGGAGAUUUGCGAUUCUGCUCCGGUGCUAAAACAGGAAGAAAGAAUGACCACGAGUGGUGGUAGUAGGGGAUCCUAUUCCUCUUCUGAUUAUGGGGACUGA